AUGUCCCAGCAGGAACUCGACCCGAAGUACGACCAGUUCGACUUCCCGACCGUCGCCGCGACGGCCGCAAAUGGCCACCCUGGCCACCUGACGCCCGAGCAGAAGGCCCAGGUCGCCCAGUUGCGCCUGAUGCUGGAGUCUGAUGGCUACAGCAAGCGUCUUGAUACCCUGACUCUGCUGCGUUUCCUUCGCGCCCGCAAGUUCGAUGUCAACCUGGCCAAACAGAUGUUUGUCGACUUUGAGGAAUGGCGGAAAACUACCAAGCUUGACGACACCGUGCCGACCUGGGAGUACCCCGAGAAGGAGGAGGUCUUCAAGUUCUACCCCCAGUACUACCACAAGACCGAUAAGGAUGGCCGUCCCGUCUACAUCGAGCAGCUUGGCGGCAUCGACCUGACCGCCAUGUACAAGAUUACUACCGCCGAGCGCAUGCUGACCAACCUGGCUGUCGAGUACGAGAAGUGCGCGGAUCCCCGUUUCCCCGCCUGUUCCCGCAAGUACAACCACCUCGUCGAGACGUGCUGCACCAUCAUGGACCUCAAGGGCGUCACCAUCACUCGCGUGCCCCAGGUCUACAGCUACGUCAAGCAGGCCUCCGUCAUCUCCCAGAACUACUACCCUGAGCGCCUCGGCAAGCUCUACAUGAUCAACGCCCCCUGGGGUUUCUCCACCGUCUGGAGCGUUGUCAAGGGCUGGCUCGACCCCGUUACUGUUCAGAAGAUUAACAUUCUCGGCUCGGGCUACCAGAAGGAGCUCCUCAACCAAAUCCCCGCUGAGAACCUGCCCAAGUCUUUGGGAGGCAAGUGUGAGUGCCAAGGCGGCUGCCAUCUCAGCGACGCCGGCCCGUGGCACGAGCAGGAAUGGACUAAGGAACCUUGGUGGGCGAAGCCCGAGGCCAAGGCCCCUGCCAGCAACGUCAUUGAGAACCAGGGCGGCGAGACCGUCACUGCUCCCGCUGGUGGUGCCGCUCCCGCUCCCGCUGCCGCCGCCGAUGCUGCCGCGGACGCCAAGGCUCCUGCUGCGGCAUGA